AUCCUGCAUGUUGGUAUAUUCAUUCGUAUUCACCACCCACUAUUCGUAUACAAACAAAGCGCUGUAUAUCGCAAAAUGUUUGAUCGAUAAUCUACAUCGCUUCGAUAGCGAGAAUUACAUGCAAUGGGACAUUGCGUUGAAGAAGAAAAUGCCAGCUAUAGUUAUUAAAGACUAUUCUUGGCGUCAAACUUCAGAAUUUGUUAUAUUGAAUGUACCUUUGAAAGGCCAUCCAAAAAAAGUUGACUUAUUCGUAAUAGAUAAUUACGUAAAGAUCAGUUUUCCACCAUUCAUAUUAGAAUUAUUUCUUUGGGCUAAUGUUGUUGAAAAAGAAAGUAAAUGUACUUUGACGGAAGAAGAAGCAAUAGUUGCUUUGCAUAAAACAAACACUAAUUUGGAAUGGCCUACUCUCGAGGUGCAAGAUAUUAACAAUGAUUUUAAACGAGAUUGCCGUACUCAAGCUUUAGAACAUGCUCAGAAACUGGCUGAAGAAAAUAUGAAACUUAAGAGUGAAAAGCGUCAAUAUUUACAAAAGGAAGCAGUGAAAGAGCAAAUCAGUGUCAAUACAGCUACACUGAAUAAAAUAGAUGCGAUACGGGACGCACACCGUAGAGAAGCUAUGCAGGAAUUUGAAGACUGGAGAUCGAAAGCUGAACUACCAUUUCUUUCUAAUGUUGAAGGAGAAGUACAAGAAAAUAGAAAAGCUUACAAACCGCCACUAAAAUGGUUUAAAGACAAUGAUAAUGUGUUAAAAUCUCGCCCGAUGACCGAGGAAGAAAUAUUUAACGGUAGUAGCACUAUAAAAGAAUUUAAAUCUAAAGCUGUCGACAAUCAGAAGGUUAUAGAAGUAGAAUCGGUAAAUAUAAAUCAAGAGAGUAAUCUUCAAAUAGAGGUAUCUGAGAAGAGAGAUGACUCUCUUAUUAACAAAAACAAUACCAGUUGUUCUCAAGAUUCUGAUUCAGAUUCGGAUAUAGUAAAAGCGACAAAUAAAAAAGAUUUAAGUAAUGUUUAUGAGAAACAGCAAAAGAGAAGACCAGGAUUAGAAGCUGUAGAAGCUGCGAUACAAGGUAAAAUUUUGAAAAAAAAUAACAUAUUCGAAGAACCUUCAAAAUCAGUACCAUUACCAAGAAAAACAGGUACAAUUAACGUAACAUUUUCGGAACGGAAGUUCCCAACACCGGCUAGGGAAAGCUCUCACGUUGAAGAACAAGAAUGGUUGCAAAAACAAGUAGAAGCAAGACGCAAAAUUGGUUUUAACGCGGAAGAUCUUCGACAGGAAGAACGAGAUCCGCAAUGGUUAAAAGAUAAAGGAGAUGAUUUCUUCAAAGUUGGAAAUUAUCUGGCGGCCAUAAGUGCUUACACAUGUGGCAUUAAGAUUAGUGAUAAAAUGGCAUCUCUCUAUGUGAAUAGAUCAGCAGCACAUUAUGCAUUAGGGAAUUAUUAUAGAUGUAUAGAAGACUGUUCUAAAGCACUAGAACUAAUGGAACCGAAAUGCGAAAGCAAUCGAGAGUCAAGGGCCAGGUGUCACGCUCGACGAGGCGCAGCCCUCUGUAAAUUGUCUGCGCCUCAGCAUGGUAUUCCUGAACUAGAAGCUGCUUUAGAAUUGACACCAAACAAUGAAAGUAUAAAACGUGACGUGUUGGCCGCGAAACAAUACUUCGACGUAAAAGACUAAUAAGUGCACAAAUCUGUUUGGGAUCCGGGCAACAUCCGGCUCCUUUGCAACGUGUCAAAACGGUAGAGGCAGGAUAAAAUACUUCGUCCGGGCUAGGGCCGACAGUUAGAAGUUCUGCCACUGGUAUAGCUCUCGGUUGUGGCAUGGAACACCGAAAUUCAUGCACUAGUUGCACGUGAUUCAGAAAUCCGCUAUCUCUGAAAAUCAAGUCCAUUAUUUUAAUCGAUCUGUCAAAGCCACGUGACCAAUAUACGUUUUGAGUUUAUAUAUAGAUAUAAUAUAAUUUACCUAUGAUGUCUGCCAAUUGUAGCAAAGGCAAGAUGGAUAGAAAUAAAUAGUAAAAUAUAGUUUCUCAUAUUUUCAGUUCUUUCUUAGUAUUAAAUGAGAUUUUGGUGAAGAAGAAUUUUACUUUAAUUGAAAAUCAACACGUCCUGAUUGAUUUCACUCGCAAUUGUCCGGGUCGAGAACUGUGACUACUCUUCUGUGAUCUGAAUUCUUUCUCCUGCUAUAUAUAUAUGUAACUUUCAUCCUCGGCCCGAUGCCCUCUGCCUCCCCUCUUUUUCCGAUUUCUCAUCAUCUUUCUUCGUUGAUCUACCUUUGGCCGUAUUGUUUGGUCUCGUCCUACGGCGAUUCGCACCAUCUCUCUCUCUCUCUCUCUCAUUUCUCGGUAAGCUCGAGGAGGACUUGAAGCAAAGCGUUCCGAGAACAUCGCAAAGAUAACUAUAAUUACAACUAGUGGGUCCUGCCUCCCGUUCGAACUGGGACCAUGUUACGUCGCGUGACUAAUCAUCCUUUCUUCAUCAAUUGCCUCGUCUUUCUCUCAUUUUCUCCUUUCAUCAUAUUUCCUUUUCCUUUUCAUACUUUGAAUCUGACAAAUUUCUACCAGUCAUCAGUCAAAUUAUCAUCUACCCUCUGAUUUUCUUCUUCGUGUAGGUACCGGUUGCAUCCCAAGCACUGUUUUUCGUACAUCGGAUGCAUUCUGUUCAAUCUUUCUUGCUCUCAAAUAAUCCUUAUGGAAGUCUCAGUGACUUCAUUUUCACUGACUUACUUUAUUAAAAAAUUUAUGAAUUAUUUUAAAAAUUAAAAAAAGACAAUUUAGAUCUAAUAUUUAAUCGUUAUUACGAAAGUAAUAAUUCACAUAAAUAUUUGUAUCUUUAAUUUUUAUUCAGAGGAACGAUUAGAUGUUAGCAGAUCUGUAUAAUUAAGUUAAAGAAACUAUUUAAUAUAGCGGCAUGGCAUGAAGUAUCUCGACCCUCUCUGGUCUCCAGUGUUAUAUGAUGCGACAGGUUGCAGUGAGUCAUUGUAACCGUCUGUGAAGUGUCUGAUUGCAAAAUUUACUCAUGACAUUCUUUUCAUUUUUACACGAUGUAUAAAUAGUAAAAGAUAAUUUUUUAUGUUGCCAUUUAUCAAAUGAAUAAUAUAUCUGUUUGUGAAAAUUUUUUAUAUGGAAGGUGAGAGUGAUCAUCGGUUGCACAAAUCGAAACUCAUGUUACGAAUAUCCAUUAAUAGCUAUUCAUGGAACUGACUCAAUGGUAUGCGAAGUUACGAAUCUAUGAACCGUUAAUGGAAUUUUGUGUGUAGGUGUAUCGGUUAAUAGCCUUGGUCAUUGAAGACAUCUAUCUACUAGAUUUUAAGAAAUCGCAUUAUUAGAAAUUUUAUUGUGCUUUUUAAAAAAAUAGUUUGUUUUAGUUCCUUUAUUCUUAUUUUCUCCUUACGUAAUCAAAAUUUCCUAGUUGAUUAUUUUUAAUCUGAUUUAAGAAUUGAUAUUUGUUGAAUUACGUGACUUCUAGCACUAACACGUUCAUUAUAUAUUUUAUUUUUAUUUGUACUAUGAGAGCUAUCCGUUACGUCAAAUGAAUCCGUGAAAUUACUAAUCGUCACACCUACAAUUUUACUAUUAAUCAUAUCUCUCAUAACUGAAAUUAUAAUGUCGUAGUAAAUACAUUAUUACCUCUUAAGAAAGAUGUUCUUUCUGUACUAGUAAAUAGAUUAAUGAAUAAAAAUAUGAAUAAAAAGCAAUUAUUAGGAAGAAUAAGAUGAGGACAUAUAAGAGGCUUUUACAAAAUAUAAAACAGAAAAUUGGGAGAAAAUUAAUUGUAUGGCGAAUUGUCAAAAUAAGAUACAAAUGAAUUUCUACUCUCUUACAAGUAAUCAUUUGGAAAUUUGAAAUAAUGGUUAGCCGAUGAUUCAUGUACUUACAUCCGCGAUCAGAAAGUAAAUGUACUCGGUGUAGUGCUUAUAUUUGAAGAUUAAAUAGUUUCUGAUUUCAUAAAAAUUUUAUUCAAUCAAACAAAUUUUUCGUCUCUUUUCUAUUCUUUGUAUCUCUAUUGCGUUUCUAUUCUUAGUAUCACUGUUCUUUUAUCAAACAUAGUCCAGAGAUAAGACUUUAUUGAAAAUAAUUGCAAAGUCAAUGUAUUACUCUUCACGUGUGUAAAUGGAACAGUAUGUAUAGUCGAUUGAAUUUAAUUAUCAUAUUGAUCUAUAUCUUUAUAUAAUAUAACGAAUGGUAAAAUAAUCGCGUAACUUUGCGAGAAUAAAUAAAUACCUAAAUAACAGUUACAUAUUUAUAUAUACGAAUAGAUCUCAUGCGGAAAAGCAUGAGAAAAUUUGUUUUAUUUAAUCUGUUCUGUUCAUUGCAAUCAGCAUAAUUAUAUUUUUACGGACGAAAUGUACAUAAACGAAAUUUACACAAGAAAUAUAUCUAAUGGAUUGGAUAAUGCAGAAUAUAUUUUAUGAAAGAGGAAAUAGCUAAUACAUUCUCAUCGAGAGUAAUUUUGAAUACUUCGCCUGUUUUAUUAGAAUCAAGAUAUAAAAUUUAUCUCAAUUUUUUGUGUAUUAUUAUUUUUUUAAUAAAAAAUGAAGAUCAAGAUAGAUAAAUAAAAAAUAUAUUUUAUAAAUUCAAAGAAAUUUCAAGAAUAAGCAAAUAUUUAUACAGUUGAGUGCAUCGCAUAUCUUGGACAUACCUUGCACCAACAGCUUAAAACUAUAUUUCAAAGGGGUCGUCGCAAGAAAAUGACCACUUUAAUUCUUCCUUUGUAACAAAUAUUCGACCGUAAAACAUCAUUCUAGCAAUUUUGUUUGUGAGAAAUUCUCAAAUUAUAAGAGAAGUUAAUGUUCCUUAAAAUCUCAGAACCAUAGUUUACAACCUGACUUUAAUAUAUCGACUGAAGAUUUUUUUAUGAAAUAAUGAGGAAAAUAGUAGGAAGUAGAAGAUAGGAAGAUGUAACACAACCGCAUAUUUCUCAAUUAUUUAUUGUAUUCUACUUUCAAUGAAUCAUAUUAAUAUGAGUCAAUUUUACUUAUAAGUAGAAGCUUACCACAUCUUUAUAAACUUCAAUAAAAAAAAAUGAUUCCCGCAAUUAUUACAAUCUUACUUACAUCAUUGAUUGUCCAUUGAGUUAUGAAUAACUUGUCCGAAAUGAAUUUGUUGAAUAUGUAUUAAAAGUUUCAUAUGUAUAUGAGUGAUAGCUUGCUCAAGCAACAUACCAAUAAAAGAAAAGUCGAAGUUCGACUUUGAUAUAAGCGCGUACAUCCUCUUAUCGGAAAG